AAUCAAAUCAAUAGUAAUCUAAAAUUACAUAGGCAAAAAAAUAAUUGCAUAGUCCCAAAUUUUUGAAAUAACUAUUCAAUAGUCUCUUUUUUAAUUUUAGUCCCUUUUUCUGUUCUUUCUUUGUGUUAAUGGUGGUUUCUGGUUGCAGGGCAUUGAUCAAAAAGACCAAUCUUAACCCAAGAAAGAUUUGGGUAUGCUCCAGCUACUCAACUUUGGAGAGGUAGACUCCAAUAAAAAUUUUCAAAGACGUUAUUCAAUGCUCGAAAAGGACUUCUCCCACAUUGUUCUUGUCCACUACCUGGAAUUAACGGACUGUGCCAAUAUAUCUGGUUCAACCCCAAAAGAUUUGUUUGAGGAUGUUGCUGAAGGAUUAGAACAACAGUACAUUGAGUCAACAAUAUGGUAUUUGCAACAUGGAAAAACUUUAGAAGAUGGCUUAGUGCGAAUUGUCAAUGAUGAUUCAGUGAAGGAGGUGCUAGAAAUUAUAAAGGUUGUCAAUGUUAUACACGUUUAUAUACUUCAUUUCCCUGACUUUGCACAUGUAGAAGAAGAAGUGCUUCUUUUACCAGCUCCUGGUGAUGAUCAAAAGGAGGACAAUGACGAUGCAACUGACAAUGUUCAACCUAAUGUUACUGAGGAAAGUGUUGGCGCUGAUGGGGCUGCUGCUAACGUUGCUGAGGAAGGUGUUAGUGUUAAAACUCAUGAUGGGGGUGCUGUAACUGAUGAUGGUGUCAGAGUUGAAUCUGAUGAUGAUGAGGAAGAUCAUAUUAUUGAUGUUCUUGAGUUAACAGACAAUGAAGAUGAAGAGACGUUGCAAGCUAGAAAGAAUGUCAAGUUUUUCAACAACAUUGAGGAUAGCAUUGAGAAAGACCUUAAACCACCAAUAGUUGAUGUAAAGUAUUUUGAUGCACAUACUACAGCAAGUUCUAGUGCUAGAGGACCAAAUGGACAACAUUUGGAUGAAGUUGAUGAGAUAGGGAGUGAUGAAGAAGAUAGCUAUCUCUCAACAUCUGAUGAUGAAGCAAGUGAAGCCAAACAUGGUAAAAGGAGACGGGCCACGCAUAAGGUAUACCAAGAGCCAGGAGAUGAUGAGACUCCUAACAUUAGAUUAGGAAUGAUGUUUAUCAACAAGCAACAAUUUAGGGAUGUUAUUUGUUUGGCAAUGGACAAACCAACUGAAUCCUGGAUGGUGAAGACAUUUGCGUCUGAGCAUACAUGCCACUGGCUGUUAAAGAAGAACAAGCGGUGCAACUCAACAAUAGCUGCAAAGCACUUGGUGAGGCACAGAGGGUUUACCGCCUUGUACAUGAGGCGAACUGACAUUUAUAAUGUCAUUAGGAAAGAGUUAAGUGUUGAGUUAUCUAACCAUCAACUGAAAAAGGUGAAGGAGAAGAUUGGGAAGGCAUUUGAGGGUGAUUGCAAGAUUGAAUAUGGUAAAUUAUGGGAUUAUGCUGCAGAGCUUCGGUUGAAAAACCCUGCUACCACCAUCAUUAUAUCGGCAUCAAGACCAACUACAGAUUUAAAUCCUGUUUUCUUAAGGAUCUACAUAUGUUUUUCUGCAAUGAAGUUGGGAUUUGUAGCUGGCUGCAGGCAUGUUAUUGGUCUUAAUGGUGCCCUCCUUAAAAGAGCAUUCAAAGGAGUAUUGUUGGUUGCUGUUUCUAGGGAUGCAAACAACCAGAUGUAUCCACUUGCAUGGGCAGCCGUGGAAGAUGCUGAGCAUAGAACAUGUGCUAGACACAAAUAUGCCAACUUUCGAAAGAAUAAUAGAGGCAAAGAAUUGAAGGUAGCAUUUUGGAGAUGUGUUAAGGCUAACACUGAACAUGACAUCAACAGGGCAUUAACUGAGUUAAGGCAUAUUGAACCAAGUGCAGUCCCUGCCAUCAUGAGCACACACCCUAGGCAUGCAGUUACUGUGAUCAACCAUAGACAAGAGAAUAAUGAGGACUAUGUAGCACACUGGUACAACAAGCACAUGUUCAUGGCAAGUUAUGAAUAUGAAGUCCCAAUCAUAAAAGGAAUUAACCAAUGGAAGGAAACUAAAAUGCCACCUAUGCAACCACCAAAUCCAAGAAAGAUGUCUGGCAGGCAAAAGAAGAAACGACAGCCAGAAGAAUGGGAGGGGAAAACAUCUAUUGGCAGAAAAGGGAGGUUGAUGACCUGUCAAAAAUGCUUCAAAAGGGGGCACAACUCCAGGUCAUGUAAAGGAGUUCCACCAAACAUUCAAGAACAAAAUGAGGAUCAAGCAACUCCGCAAGAAGAGCAGCCUCAAGGUGUUGAUGAAAACAUUGGAGCUAAUGUGGAAAACCCAAUGAGCCAAGUGGAGGAUCCUCUUAGUCAUGUUCUUAAUAAGGCACCUACUCCAAAUAGAUUCAGUCAAACAGCAAGAAGAAAACAAGAAGUUUGUGAAGGAAGCUCAAAAAAUGCACAGCCACGGAAGAGGGCUAAAAAGAACUGUGCAACAACAACCACAGGCCCCUCCCAAUCACAAGCAGCAACUACUUCAGUAGCCAAAGAUAAAGGGAAACAACUAAAGAAGCCACGACAGCCAAAGAAGAAACCUUGAAUGGCUGCAAAUGCAUCAAAGUGAGAUUGAUGAAGAUUGAUUUUUUAGUAUUUUGUUAGGUUGAAUAUGUUAGGGUGAGCAUAUUUUGUGUGGGGUUGUCUUUUGUGUAUAACAAUUAUGGUUGGUUGGUAAAUGUAGUUAUUGGUCUAAUGUGUAGUCCAUAAUUGUAUUUUUCGCUUUGGUUUUAUUUACAAAAUUUGCUUAGGUUUGUAUGUAUGAAACUGCAUUCAUGCAAUUGUUGUAAACACUGCAUCUUAGAAUGGUAUGCACGUUAUAUAAGUGCUUAUUUUCUCAAAUUUAUAUACAAUCAAGUACAACAUUUAUA